ACCCAACGUAUGCGUCCGAGGGGCUUCCCAGUCGCGUACAAUUUUUCGUUUAAAAACCGACGCUCUUUCGCCAUUCCCAUUCAGUCAGACUUUUAACUACGAGCUAACGCGGUGUCGAGCAUCAUGGGGUCGCCUAUUUCUUUAGCGUUUGCGUUAUACGUUUCCACGUUGCUCGCUUCGAUCGAAAAUGCCCUCGCGUUGCCAUUUUACCAAACUGAUAUCGAAAGCGAAACCGCGGUGCCAAACAUCGUGAGCAGGCUGGAGUGGCGAGCCAGGCCACCGGUUGCCCGAGUGCCGUUGGAAACGACGCCGACACCUUACGUGGUCGUUCAUCACGGAGGCACGGCUAAACGCUGUUACGAUCAGAAAACGUGCUCCGAGAUCGUAAGGAGUUACCAAAACUAUCAUAUAGACGAUAGACAGUGGUUCGAUAUCGGUUACAACUUCGUUAUCGGCGAGGAUGGGAACGUUUACGAGGGUCGAGGCUGGGAUUACGUCGGGGCGCAUGCACCUGGUUACAACACUCAGAGCAUCGGAAUAUGCGUUAUCGGUGAUUUUAGCGAUACUCUUCCCAAUGAGCUAGCUUUGAAGGCGGUGAACGCCUUGAUCAGUUACGGAGUAUCCCUUGGCAAAAUCCACGAUGAUUAUCACGUGCUGGGACAUCGACAAGCCAGGAAUACUCUCUGUCCAGGCAAUGAAUUUUACAAGUACGUUCAGAAAUUUCCACGCUGGACCGACCAUCCUAUACCGAAACAUUGAACGACAUUGUCGUUGAUUACCGAAAUCUCCCACGACACAACUCGUGAAACGCAUAAGCAUAAACAGGAAAAUGAUUUAAGAAGAUCAUUCCGCCGAGAAAUACGUCCAAGUAUAAUAUCAAGAUCAGAAUGGGGAGCCAACGCACCAAAGUCAACUCUUAGGAAUCUCGCAGAGGAGCCUGCUCCGUUCGUUAUUAUUCAUCAUUCGGCGAGCGAUAGUUGCACGACUCGAGCGAUUUGUCAAGCCAGAGUGAGAAGCUUUCAGAACUAUCACAUGAACCAGAAAGGCUGGAAGGACAUAGGUUACAAUUUUUUGGUUGGCGAAGAUGGAAACAUUUACGAAGGAAGAGGAUGGGGUAAACACGGUGCACAUUCCACGCCUUACAAUUCGAAGAGCAUCGGAAUUUGCAUGAUUGGCAAUUUCGUUGGUCAUAAUCCAAGCGCGGCUGCGAUAAAGGCAGUUAAGGAUUUGAUCGAGUACGGUGUAACGCUUGGGAAAAUACAAGAGAACUAUACGUUGCUUGGCCAUCGACAAACGACGUCAACUUCCUGUCCAGGCGACAGCCUCUAUCAACUGAUUCAAACGUGGCCUCACUGGUCGUCGAUCUGAUAAUUCUUCAACGGAAAGCAUCGUUGCAUAAUCGAUUUAUUUUAGACGCUGUAUCGUACAUGUUUUCGAAAAGAAGUAAACGUUGUUCGCAUCGCA